AAAAAUUAUAUAUUUAAAAUAUAUAGGAGAAAAUCAAGUCCUUGCAUGAAUUUAUUGCUAAGCAAGAAGAAAUUAUGAAUGCAAUGAAGGAAAAGAUUACAAAACUUCGCAAUAAGAAUAAAAUGCUUCAAGAAAAAAUCGAUGCUCUUACUAAGGAAUUUCAGAAAUUUAUAAAUUUUGCAUUUAAUACUUUGCCAGAGCAUGCCGAUUUUUUAUUGCCAUUAGAUCUGCUUUCUGUUAAUAGCCCAAAUAAAGAGAACACUAAGCAAGAUAAAAAACGAUAAUUUAAGAAGAAAAAAAAGUGAAAUUUAUUGUAAUAAAAAAUUAUAUGAUGGAUAGAAUAUAGCUAUCAGAAUUAAAAGAUGCCACUCGAAAGUUUCAUUUUCAGUUGUUCUGCAUUAAUAAAUAAAUAUAUAUAAUUCUAUUUAUAUUUGCCCUAUGUUUUCAACAGUGCGAAUUAUAACUGGUCAAAAUUACUCAAAAUAUUAAUCCACGAGAAAUGAAUCUCUGCAUUUGUUACUUUGACAGCGUGAUCAUCGCUCAUAUAGGGGCGUACAGGAUAUUCCCAAGAUAACUAGAAUAAGAUAUUCUUUAUCGAACGCUCCUUUUUUUUACAUGGGAGAAUUUCCCAAAGAUAAACACACCACCGUCCCUUAGGGCGAGGGAUGGGGAUAGUGUGGAAUUCGAUACCAUGUGGUUCCCAGAUGUUUCUCAGAGUAUUUCUAAGGAAUGUUCCAGAACUUUUUGGCCCUAUAAAAGGGAGAGCUCUCGGACUGCAGUCACAGUUCCACAAGCUCUCAAGUGCACUAUACACACCUGGUCGAACUGUUAGUCUGUCUCAAGUACUACAGCAAAGAACAAUGGCUCGGCUAAGCUACGUCGUGUUGAUCAUCGCUAUGAACGUAUUAAUGUGCGUUCUAGCAGAGGAAGAGACAUAUCCUCAAAAAUACGCGGAGUUCGAUGUUCAAGGUAUGUUGCGUAACGACGAUAGCCGAGAAGAACAUAUCAAAUGCUACAUGCAAACAGGGCCGUGCACAGAAGAACAGAGGUUGAUGUCAGAAAUGUUUGGCGAAGCUAUCCAAACUGACUGCAAGAAGUGUGCUGAUGGGCACAAAGCAAUUUUGAUGCAAGUACGUGAUUAUUGGUUACAGAAUCAACCCGAGAUGUGGCAGAAAAUAGUUGUAAAGUCUAAAGACUAUGUGAAGAAGAAUUAAACAAUAACUGCUGACAACUGUUGGCAAUAUGGACUGAUCUAUUUCCCGAUGCGGUAACCCAGAUUUUCUCAAUUAAUCGAUUAUAAUAGUUUAUAAUAUGAUAGUCGAAAUAAUAGUUGUAUGAACAGUAGCAUCUGGUGGAACUGAGGCAACAUUUUGUCGACAUUAAUAUUACUAAUAUGCAAUUUGUAUCAUAUAUAACAAAAAUAUGUUGUUAUUGAUCAUACUACAUUGCAUAUAUCAAUAAAUUUUAGAUUCUAGAAAUUCUAGAAAUAAUUUUUCUUUUAAAGAAGAUAUCGUAGGGUUCGUUUUCUGUAUGAUUAGUUAAAAUUACAGAUGCUUAAAUAAUACCUGUAAUAUCUGUAAUUAAAU